AUGGACGAACAAGUGCUUCAGCUACUACGAGACACUCUAAAAAGCCAGACAUCUGCCAUUAAGAAUGCCGAGCAAGGUCUCCUCAACGCAUACCCGAAUCCUCAAUUCCCAUUCGCUCUGCUGGCUGUCGCGUCCCAAGAGUCCAUCGACACUGCCACACGCAAGUCAGCCCUGACAACGUUGAAGAACUAUGUCUCCGCAACUUGGUCUCCGCAAUUCGAUGAGACUUUUACGGGUAAUGUUUACCUAGACGACGAAUCCAAAGGCCACGUCCGAGACCAAAUCUUCAACAUAGCCGCGGGGCAGAGUGGCGCAGCAUUGAAGGAGCUACAACCCAUCGCAGCUGCGGUCGUUGCCAAGAUCGCAAAUGCUGAUUUCCCCGAUCAAUGGCCGAACCUCUUCGAGUCCAUCAUCCAGAUCAUCAAUGCUCCAAACCACGAUGCGACCAUCAAGGGUGCUCUGAAGGUCCUGUACGAGCUGGUCGACUCAGGCCUCACCGAGGACCAAUUUUUUGCGGUCGCUCGAGAGCUUGUCAGCGCUUUCCACCGCAUUGCUUCAGACAACGGACGUGGACUCAAUGUACGAGCAUAUUCGCUCAAUGUCUUCCAAUCCACCUUCGACAUGCUCGAGAUGGUCAUGUCUGAUCACGGGCCUGCCGUAAAGGCAUUCCUCGAUGAAUCUCUCAAGCAGUGGAUGGAAUUCUUCACUACGGUUCUUCAGGAGCCCAUUCCGGCUCCGACUGGAACGUCAGGCGACAAGGACGACCCAAGAAGAGGCCUUAUCACACUCAAGGUCCAGGUUGUGAAGACGAUUGAUAAGUUGAGGCGUGUGUAUGCUGCUGGCAUUGCUCCAUACGUCCUGUCACUUUUCCAGAUUGUAUGGCAAGACCUUGAGCGUAUAGUCGGCGAGUAUAACCAGCUCUUCAUCAACGGCGAUGAGGAGUCGAAGUUGGCCGAUGAGAGCGAUCAGCUGCCGUACAGCCUUGAUUCGGUAGUCACAGAAGAGCUUGAUUUACUCCAGGUAGUACUCAAGGCUCCCAGCGUUAAAGCUGAACUCAAUGGUCAACUGCAACAACAUGGCAAUCCUGAGAACGGCUUUGGUUGGGUGCAGCAGCUACUCGACCUACUUGUCCGCUACGCCCGCCCGGCCAACGAGGAACAACAGAUGUGGGAUGUUGAUGUUGAUCUGUACCUCACAGACAUUAAUUCCAUCAGCCUCAACUAUACACCAAGAGUUGCCUGCGCCGAGGUUGUUGCCCAGACACUAUUACCGUGGCUGAAACAGACGUUCCUCGAGGCUGUACUCUUCUACGAUGCUCAGCUUGCCGGCAAAUCAGCCGGCUGGAAGGACUAUGAAGCUGUUCUCUACCUCCUGAACCAGUCAAUGAAGGAAAUCGAAGACAGCAGUGUCUCCCUGGAUCCUGCUUUCUCCGGUCGUCUGAUGGAGCAAAUUUCCAAUUAUCUGCAGAACAGCAACCCCUACGUACGCGCGGGCACUCAUCUUGUCGUCGGAACUUUCUUCAAGGUCACCGGCGAGGAACAUGCUGCAGCGGGAGCCACGGCAUUCGCCAAUGUGGUUCAGGCCAUCUCCACGGACGACUCGGACAUUGUAAAGGUUGCAUGCUUUGCCGCGAUCCCAAGUUUCGUCGACAGCUUACCAAGGAACUCGGUACUCCCGAUGCAGCAAGCCAUCUUCACCGCUGUGGCAGACUUCAUCGCAUCUCAUGACCUAAAGGACGAGCUCGAAGAAGCCGAUGAAGUCAAGGGCACCCUCGUCACCGCCCUCCACGAGGCCAUGCUUCUCGACAUUUCGACCAUCAUGUCUUCAUCCGCGAUAGACUCGUACCUGACUCUAAUCUCCGAAAGCGCGUCCAGCCCAAUCUUGACCCAGCAAAUCAUUGACAGCUUCGAGAGCAUCGUCCUUGCUCUUACCUCCACAAGCCCCGAAGCGUACGCUCAACUGUGUACGAAGACCAUCCCGGCACUGACAGCGGCCUUCUCGGUCGGUGACCUUACCUCAGAAAACGGCCUGACUACGCUCGCCGCCGAGCUCUUGUCACUACUCGCCGAGAACGGCACCGACCCACUUCCUGACGGAUUCGUUUCUGCCUGCAUGCCCAAGCUCCAACGUAUCCUCAUGGCUUCCACUCUCGAUACGCUAGUCCGUCCUUCCACUACCGCUGUCGAGCACCUUCUUACCAAGGGCACCGCUCAGUUUACCUCCUGGACGGACUCGGAUGGCAAGUCCUCGCUCGAGGUCUCUCUCACGAUCAUUAACCGCCUGCUCAACGCGCCGGAAAUCGAUGAGAACGCCGCCCAAGAAGUCGGCGCUCUCGCCUCCUCAGUCGUUGAGAAGUUCGGUGCGGAGAAGCUCGGCCCCUAUCUCCUGGAGCUCCUUCGUGCCGUUGCCAGCCGGUUGGCCUCCGCCGAAAAAGUGCACUUCAUCCAAUCCCUCUGCAUGGUCUUCGUCACACUCUCGAUAGCGGCGCCCAAAGACGUGCUGGACUUCCUCUCGCAGCUCGAGAUCAACGGCGCCAACGGCCUCAACGUCGUCAUGACCAAGUGGCUGGAGAACUCGAUCCUGUUCGCCGGCUUCGACGAGGUGCGGCAGAACAUCGGCGCGCUGUCCAAGAUCUUCGCUCUCCAGGACCCGCGCGUCAAGAACAUCGGCGUCAAGGGCGACCUCAUCGUCGAAAACACCGGCCGCAUCAAAACCCGCAGCCAGGCCCGCCUCAACCCAGACCGCUACACCACCAUCCCCGCAGACCUCAAGAUUCUCAAGCUGCUCGUCGGCGAACUUGACAGCGCCAUGUCCUCCACGGGCGGCCGCUUCAACGCUUUAGCUGGGGAUGGCGGUGCCGACGACGACGAGGGCAGCGAGGAGGAACUGGACGACGAUGAAUGGAAUGACGUGGCGAACGCGGGCGCCGUCGAUCUGGACAAUCCGGUCGUGAGGAGCGAGUUGAUGGGCUUUGAUCAGGAGAAUGGGGGAGCGGGUCACGAGGGCUUGCGCGACGACGAGGUGGCGACGUACCUGCAAGGGUGGUUCAAGGAGGAAGGGAGCAGGCCGGAAUUUGAGGCUGUGUUUGCGCAGUUGUCGGCGGAGGAGCAGGGGAAGUUGAGACGGUUGGUUGCUUAG